UUGAGGGAAGAUUUUUGGAGUGCUUUGAUUCAUCUCAAUAAACGGUUGGGAAGAAUUGAUUGGACUAAAUUGUUAGUUCAAGAUGUUGUGACAAAAGUUACUGUACAUUUUGAAAAAAUGAGGAUUGCGCAAAGCAGAGCUUCCGAUACAAAUUUUGUGCCAGUUUUUUUUAUGCUGCCGUACCUGAAAGACGCCAAACAAGAGACAGAGCACCUUCGCAAAAUUGCCAAUAUGUGUGUGCGUUAUUUAUUGCCAAAAGAUUAUUACAGAACACCUUUGAAAUUAUUUCUUAGAGAAGUAUUAGCCACAAAGGUUUUUUAUCCGGCCAUAACAUUGCUCACAAAUCCAGACUACAUUAAUAAGAAAAUCAUCACGUAUUUAGAAUCCAGGCAGCAUGAAAAGGCUUUACAGCAAAAGACCUUUGAGUAUGCUUCAAAUUUUGAGGAAUUCAUAAAAAUUAUUAACAAUACAACUGAUCUCGACGAGUUGAAAAGAUAUAGAAACCACAUUGUCAAUGAAAUUAUGGAGGCUACUGCAAUGCAAAACCAACAAAGAUCAAAAGGUUUGGAUCCCGAUUUGGAAAAACUAAAUGCUGGACAAAGCAAAUCUGAUAUUAAUGCUGCAAAAAAGUUAAAACAAUAUAUCGGCCAAUUGACUUUAGCAAAAAUACAAUGCGAAAAAGUUCUCAAAAAAUUAGGAUAUGAUAUUGAUCUUCCCAGCAACGAAGAUGAAAAGAUUUUUACAUUGUCAAACAUUUUAGAAACAGUAUGUGGUCGAAAGCAUUUUUCCAUGUUUUUAGAAACCGUCAACAGUAGUGGUUUACUGGGGUUCUACUCUGCAGUGGAAGAAUUGCGAUGUGCUCCUAAGAGCUCUUGGCAUCAAUUAGGGGUUGAAAUAUAUUAUACUUAUAUCAGAUCACCAUCUGCAGAGAUAAAAGUGGAUAAGGAAAUGAGGAAAAAGAUAGACGCCUUUGUCCUGGGAAAUAGCGGACCAGAAGUCCUUUACGAUCUUCAAUGCACCGUUCUAACAACCCUAAAAGAAAAGUACUACCCUCCGUUCCUAUUGAGCACUCAAUAUAAUCAACUAAAAGAAGUGAUCCAGCGAGAUUUUAUAGCAGACAGUCCACAGAAUGAAGGCAUUCUUAACGAAGAUGCUGAUGCUGAUAUACAAAAUUCAACAUGCGAGGAAAGUAAUGAAAAUUUGUAUGAAGGUGUUGUGUGUUUAGGAGAUCACUCUAAUUAUGCAAGAAUGAAAUUGGAACAGUUGCAGGAAAAGCUGGAUAAUAAGACUCAGGCUUUGCAAGCGCUUAGAUCAUCAAUUAAACCGGAGUCUAAAGUUUUGAGCAUCUUGGAAAAUGAGAUGGAGUGGCUCAAAAGCGAAAGGCGUCAAUUGGAAUCACAUUUGGCUAGGACAGAAUUAUGGGGCGAGAACUUGGGAAAAUGGAGAGCGACUGUACAAAACGUGGAGGUGCCAGAUGAAAGAUCACCACCACAAUUUGUACUAGUUGUACAUGCCACAGAAAAAAGUGCAAAAGACGAAAAUCUUGAAUUCAAUAACACCUCACCGACUGAUAAAUCUAACGAAGCAGAUACAAGUCCAGCCAAUGCGGAUACUAGUCCAGCCUUUAUGACUGCCCGUGACUUUUUAUCAUCAAGAGACUUCAUAACAUCAUGUGUAUCACUAAUUUCACGCGAUAAAGGUGAUACAUCAACUCCAGUCAAUACAAACGAACCUGCAGAAAUUGCCUGCACGAACGGAAAGGAUGUAUCAACAAAAGUGUCUGAUCAAGUUGAUGAAAAGAAUUUAGACAAGUCUUGUGAAAUAGAGCCUGCAAAACGUGAUCCAGUGGUAUCAAGUGAAAUAAGGAAAAGGCGCACUGAUAGGAGAAGGAUUGAUAGUGCUUAUGAGGUCAUGGGUACAAUAGCAGACUCGGUUGUAAGCGGUGAUGAUGGCAAUACGACAAACAUUAACAAACCAAAUAGACAUGAAGAGAUGAGAGGUGAUAUUUGUACAGGAUGGGUGGUACUGAGAUCUUUGACACAGUUUCAGGAUCUACAUAGAAAACUUCGUCCUUUGUGCUCCGAGUUGAAAAACAUUGAACUACCAAGCAGUAAUGCUUUUAAAUUAUUAUUUGGCAAAACUGAUAAAGCAACGUUGGACAAGGCAAAGCAUCAGAUCCAAAAAUAUUUAGAGUUUGUUUUGACUGAAGAGCAUUUAUACCAAAGUGAGUCCUUGUAUACAUUUCUGAGCCCCAGUUCAGAACAUCUCAAAAUACGAAACAACACAUCACCAAAGAAAUCAAGAUUCUCUAUAUCCACUUUACUCAAAAGUGCUGGUAUAAAUACUAACAAUCAAGUCAUGGGAUCUAGUGACAAAAAACACUCUUCAAGUUCCGGACAAGGUUCUGGUACAUCUGGGGAUUUUGAGCAACAAACUGAGAUAUCACAAUAUUUAGACGGGUGUCUUGAUAAUUUAACAGCACCCGGUGCAAGUAAUGCAAAUGGAAGUGGUUCUAAUUUAAAUCUGAACUUUCUUUCCAUGAUGAAUGGAACUUCAGGCACUGCUAGUACUAGUUUAACUAGCGACAAUGAAAAGGAUACAAUAGCGGAACCAUUGUUUACACUGAUGAGUGAAGUAUUUGAUAUGAAAGGUGUAUUUAUGUGGUUCCGUAGAAGUCUUAUAUCGUUUGUGCAAGUUACUUAUGGAAGUACCAUCAACAGGCAAAUACGAGACAUGAUAGCCUAUUUGCAUUCAGAAUCAAUGCUGCACUAUUACCUAUCGAACUUUAUUAAAUCUUGGUGGCCUGGAGGUGAACUGUGUUUAUACGAAGAUAAAAAUAAAGAUGCAUCACCAUGUGAAGAAAGUAAUGUGAAAAAUGAUUCUCCUGUAUCGGAUUCUGUGAUUGUAGAUAAAGUAGAUUCACCUGAAGCUAGAAGACUGAUCGCUAAUACAUUGCUCUUAGAAAACAUUCCACAAAUGUUAGUAAACUUACUAGGACAAAGAACAGCAAAACGAGGAGUUGGUAAAAUUUUUGAUAUUUUACAAGAUGUACGAGCCAACAAACAAUUAUUUUAUAUUUUGGAGCUCGUUAUCGUAGAGUUGUUUCCAGAAAUUCAAAAGCAACGAAAAGUUUAUUCUGCAACUCAAGAAACUGCAUGAUGAUGGAAAAACUGCAUUAUGUGGCUACUUACAUUCCAUAUAUGUGAUAUUUCAAAUGUAUAUUUUGUGGGGAUGUGUAAAACCAAAUAUUAAUCUAAAUUUUAAACCAAAGCAACCAAUUAUUUGCAGAGAGCAAUUAAAAAUUAGAAAGGAUGUUAUUUUAAAACCAUGACAUGUAAGAAAUUAUCUGUGUAACUCACUUUAUAUAAAGAAUUUAAUUGCAUUUUAUAAUUAUUAUUAAUAAUUGA